AUGGAUGAUGCUACUGUUCUCAAGCGACGAGGCUACAUCGUGGGGAUAAAUUUGGGAGAGGGCUCUUUUGUAAAAUCCGCAUACUCUGAGCAUCUGAAGUUCAACAUGGCAGUUAAGAUCACUGACAGCAAGAAAGCCCCCGCAGAUUUCUUAGAGAAAUUUCUGCCCCGGGAAAUUGAGAUUCUGAUCAUGUUAAAUCACCGCUCCAUUGUCAAGACCUACAAGAUCUUUGAGACAUCAGAUGGCAAGGUUUAUAUUAUCAUGGACCUUGGGGUCCAGGGAGAUCUCCUCGACUUCAUCAAAAACCAGGGAGCCUUUCAUGAAGAUGAUGCUUGCAAGAAGUUUCACCAACUGUCCUCUGCCAUCAAGUACUGCCACGACCUGGACAUUGUCCACCGAGACCUCAAGUGCGAGAACCUCCUCCUCAACAAGGACUUCAACAUCAAACUGUCGGACUUCGGCUUCUCUAAGCGCUGUCUGCGGGAUCACAGUGGCCGACUAACCCUGAGUAAGACCUUCUGCGGGUCAGCAGUGUACACAACUCCCGAGGUCCUGCAGGGCAUCUCCUACCAGCCCAAGGUCUGUGACAUCUGGAGCUUGGGCGUGAUCCUCUACAUCAUGGUGUGUGGCUCCAUGCCCUACGAUGACUCCAACAUCAAGAAGAUGCUGCGCAUCCAGAAGGAGCACCGUGUCAACUUUCCUUGCUCAAAACACCUGACAAAGGAGUGCAAGGACCUCAUCUACCGCAUCCUGCAACCAGAUAUCACCCUAUGGCUGCACAUUGACGAGAUCCUCAGCCACUGCUGGAUGCAGCCCAAGCCCCGGGCCACACUGUCCCCCGCAACUAUCAGCAAGGAGCGGACGGGCGUCCAGGGCACCAAGCCCUUGCAGUCUGCUGACCCCGGCUCUGAAAAGAAGUCUAUCACCCACGUGGAACCCCGGGAGGAGGCACUGCCUCAAGCGAUGACAGACAUAAGACCCUAG